AUGUUUGGCUUUGAUGUGACACAGGAAGAUAUCCGAUUAGACAUUCCAGAUCACAUCACAAGCUUGCGUGAUGAAAGUGUCCGGUCUGAUGCUGAGUCAUUCUUCGGGGAUCUCUUCAAAACUGUCAUUGGGGAGGCCUUCAUGAUCAACGCGCUGACGAGCCAUCCGGAGGUGGGCAAACGAUGGUAUCCUGAAGCCCUGACUGAAGCCCUGAAAAAGCAGGAAGAGGGGAAGAAAUUGGACAAUGCGAAAGCUCAGGCCGCUGAAUGUGUUGCAUAG